CCCUUUGACUCUGAGGAGAUCUCUGCUUCUGGAUUCUAACCCCACACUGGUAGGAGCAGAAGGCGAGUGCUUUGGAGAGAGAUGCCGUUGUUUAACAGGAAAGGUCCCUCUGGGUUCUCAGGAUCUUCCACGGCUGAGGAGGUCACUCAAGGGAUUGAUGGAACUGGACUCACUGCCAUCGUCACAGGAGCGUCUAGUGGCAUUGGUGCGGAAACUGCUCGCGUUCUUGCAAUGCGUUGUGUCCAUGUAAUCAUGGGGGUCAGGAAUAUGUCUGCUGGUGGCGAUGUAAAAGAAGCAAUUGUUAAGGAAAUUCCCUCUGCCAAAGUUGAUGUCAUGGAGUUGGACCUCAGCUCAUUUGAAUCAGUAAGGAAAUUUGCAUCAGAAUACAAUUCCUCGGGUCGUCCAUUGAACCUCCUGAUUAACAACGCAGGAAUUAUGGGCACUCCUUUCAAGCUUUCCAAAGACAAUAUAGAACUACAUUUUGCAACAAAUCACCUUGGUCAUUUUCUUUUGACAAAUCUCUUGUUGGACAGAAUUAAGAAAACAGCAUAUGAAAGUAAAAGAGAAGGGCGAAUCGUAAAUGUGUCAUCAGAGGCUCACCAUCUUUUCCAGUAUUCUGGGGGAAUUCGUUUUGAUAGGAUCAAUGAUCAAUCAGGGUACCGCAGAUUUGCUGCAUAUGGCCAAUCAAAGCUAGCUAAUGUUUUGCAUGCUAAUGAACUUGCAAGACGUCUUAAGGAAGAGGGAGUGGAUAUAACUGCAAAUUCACUUCAUCCGGGGGCAAUUGUCACCAAUAUUGCCCGUCAUUAUUUUGGCAUUCUUAAUGGUCUUCUUCGCAAGGUUGGUAAACUUGUAUUCAAGGGUGUAGAGCAGGUCCUCAAAUGUACUAUGAGUGUGGCUUCAAGGCACCAAGGUGGACUUCAUGGAGGCCGUGGAGCAUUGGGAGACGAUUUUAUGGUUGCCGGCACUUCUUGAAUGAGCCUUGGUUGGUGUUGAGCUCAAACAAUUAAUGGUUCAUACUGCAUUUGGUGUCUUUGUUUUGAUGGUUGUGUAUUUGAUGUUUUGGGUGUUGUUUUAAGUGGAUAGGUGGUGUUUCAAAUUUAAAUGUAUGGCCUUUGUUUUGGUGUUUUGUGGUUAUAUGUGAUGACCAAAAUUUUGGAAGGUUGGAGAACAUACCUAUUAACCAUUGUAAUGUAAUUAAAUAUGUUAUGUAGCAAUGGAAAAAGGGCUCUUCUACAUUUGUAAAGCAAUAUAUAAACAGUUAGGUUUUGA